CCGACGUACGACGUCCGAUAUCCAAUAGGAGAACAGCUUUCUAAUAUAGAAUUCAAUUCUCCAUUGGAAAGCUAUUCUUUUAUUGGAUAUCAAACAUCGUAUGUCGGACAUCGAACACAGUGUGAAUCCUGCAUGAGAUUCCAUACAUGCGGUGAGCUCCGGCAAACGCGGUGGUGACUAAUCAGAAGCCAGGCAAGCAAGAAGUAGCAAUGGCGGACGCUGCUCCAGCCGCUCGUGGAGGUUUCCGUGGAGGUUUUGGCUCUCGUGGAGGUGAUCGUGGAGGAUUAAGAGGCAGAGGACGUGGAGGGAGAGGUCGAGGACGAGGUCGCGGUCGCGGCAAGGAAGAUAGCAAAGAAUGGGUUCCUGUCACCAAACUUGGUCGUUUGGUCAAGGAGGGCAAAAUUCAAUCCCUGGAACAUAUUUAUCUAUUCUCCUUACCCAUCAAGGAAUAUGAGAUCAUUGACAAGUUCCUGGGAGCAGAUCUCAAGGACGAAGUAUUAAAGAUCAUGCCUGUACAAAAACAGACCAGGGCAGGUCAACGUACUCGUUUCAAGGCUUUCGUUGCUAUUGGAGACAGCAACGGUCACAUUGGAUUGGGAGUAAAGUGCUCCAAAGAAGUAGCCACUGCUAUUCGCGGCGCCAUCAUCCUAGCCAAGCUGUCGGUAGUGCCGGUACGACGUGGCUACUGGGGUAAUAAGAUCGGCAAGCCGCACACGGUGCCCUGCAAGGUCACCGGUAAAUGUGGCUCUGUACAAGUGCGUUUGAUCCCGGCGCCUAGAGGUACUGGCAUCGUUUCCGCACCAGUUCCCAAGAAGUUGCUUCAAAUGGCUGGUAUCGAAGACUGCUACACCUCUGCCCGAGGCUCUACCUGCACGCUCGGCAAUUUCGCCAAAGCUACUUACGCUGCAAUAGCCAAGACGUACGCUUACCUGACACCAGACUUGUGGAAAGAACAGGCUUUGGCUAAAGCGCCGUACCAAGAGUUUGCAGACUUCUUGUCGAAGAAUCAUAAGGGAAGCACGAGAGCAGCUGACGUUGCGUAAAUAAACAUCCGGCUUUCAUGAGAACUUCUUGAAAAUUUAAAAAA